CUUAUGCGUCAUGAGCAUCUGCGACGAACAGACAGACAUCAAGCUCAGUGGUAACACCGGGGGUUAUUUAAAUGAAAAUUAGUUGUUAGUUUGCCUGGGAUAAUGUCUGACACAAGUGAUUUAGAUCGACAGAUAGAGCAGCUCCGCCGAUGUGAAAUUAUCAAAGAAAGUGAAGUGAAAGCAUUAUGUGCCAAAGCAAGAGAAAUUUUAGUGGAAGAAAGUAAUGUACAGAGAGUUGAUUCACCAGUCACAGUAUGUGGAGAUAUCCAUGGCCAAUUUUAUGACUUGAAGGAAUUAUUCAAAGUAGGAGGAGAUGUUCCAGAUACAAAUUAUCUGUUUCUAGGAGACUUUGUGGACCGAGGAUUCUAUAGUGUUGAGACAUUUUUAUUACUAUUAGCAUUAAAAGUAAGAUAUCCAGAUAGGAUAAUGCUUAUACGAGGCAAUCAUGAAAGUCGUCAGAUUACUCAAGUGUAUGGUUUUUAUGAUGAAUGUCUUAGGAAAUAUGGAUCCAUAACAGUUUGGAGAUAUUGUACAGAAAUUUUUGACUAUUUAAGUCUUUCAGCAAUCAUUGAUGGAAAGAUCUUCUGUGUCCAUGGGGGUCUGUCACCGUCCAUUCAGACAUUAGAUCAAAUCAGAGCAAUUGACAGAAAGCAAGAAGUUCCCCAUGAUGGACCUAUGUGUGACUUGCUAUGGUCAGACCCUGAAGAUACCCUGGGCUGGGGUGUUAGUCCCCGUGGUGCUGGUUAUUUAUUUGGAAGUGAUGUGGUGGCCCAGUUUAAUGCUGCCAACAAUGUAGAUCUCAUAUGUAGAGCACAUCAGCUGGUGAUGGAAGGCUACAAAUGGCAUUUCAAUGAGACUGUUCUUACUGUAUGGUCAGCACCUAACUAUUGUUACAGAUGUGGUAAUGUUGCCGCCAUAUUAGAAUUAGAUGAACACCUGCAGCGGGAUUAUACAAUAUUUGAGGCUGCACCACAGGACACAAGAGGAAUUCCAUCAAAGAAACCACAACCUGAUUACUUUUUGUGAUUAGUUCUUGAAAUGUGACUGAAAACUGCAAAAAAAAUGAAAGCAUAUAUUUAUUCCAAUAUUGUACACAACAAAGGAACCCAUGCAGUGAAUUGGAGCAAUUAAAUAUGGCAGGGACAAAGGCAGUUCUUGGAGUCUUCUCUAAAUGUUUUAUGGAAGAACACUAAGUGACAGAAUUGGUUGUUGUUAAAUGUAAUUUAAAUCCAGUGCCAGUGAAUGACAGGAACCUGUUCAGUAGUGAUGAAAAAUGAUACCUCUAUAGAGCACCAAAAUACAAAACAUACAUACAAUGAAUUAAUAUUAUGAUACUGCACUGUUAAAUAUUCCAGUGAGUGACCUAAUGAUAGACAUUACCAGUGCUGUUUUAAAGACCACAGCAUUGAUUAUACAUGUUCAUUUCUUUGAAUUAUCUCAAGCAUUGUGAGAUGUGGGUAAAUAACACUACAGAUUACACCUUGAAUCUCGACAAUACAGUAUCUAUUGAAAUGUUGAUAUUUAAAGAAAUUAGAUUUAUAGUGACAAAAAUGUGCAGUAGAAUAUAAUUUUAUAGUUAUGGAUGUAUAGUGAUAAAAUAUAUGAAUGAGAUGAAUAUGCGCAUUGAUUUUGCCUCAGAAGGUCUUGCAAACUUUGUUAGAAAAGAUAGGUGUGAUAGUCAAUAGUGGAUUUAUGUAACAUUCGUAUUUUAAUACAAAGUUGAAUCUGUAAAUAACAUUGUUUUAAAGCCCUUUCUAUACCCAUUGUAAAUAAAUUCAAGAAGUUCAUA